AAAAAUGAAAAAUUAAGCAUACAACCUAAGUGAAAAAGGAAAAAAACUAAGAAAGUAGAAGGAUGGAAAUAAUAAAGAUAGCAAAAAUAAUUGAAAUAGAAAAUAAAUUUCCAACAGUGAGGAACUGUAAAAUAGUCUUUGCAAAAACUAGUAAAAUGGACACAUGCCUGGCAAGAUUGAUCAGAGAAAAAAAUAGAUGGCACAGAUAAGCAAUAUUAGAAAUAAAAAUGAAAGCAUAAGUACAAAUGCUACACAGAUUAAAAAGGUAACUAUAAACAAAUUUAAAACUGGAUGAAAUAGAUAAAUUUAUGGAAAAACUUGCCAAAGUUGACUCAAGAAUAAAGAGAAAACUUGAAUAAUACUCUAAUAUUUAAAGAAGUUAGAUUUGUAGGUAAAAAUCUCACAUUGGAAACACUAGUACCAGAUGGAGUUCUGCCAGGCAUCGUGGGAACAAAUCAUCUCCCAGACUAUUCCACAGUAUGUAAAAAGAGACAGCAUUCCCUAACACAUUUUAGGAGGCUAGCGUAACCUUGAUACCUGACAAGGACAAAAUUAGAAUUAUAGGCCAGUCUUAACCCAUAAGCAUAGUGUUAAAAGUUUUCAUUUUAAGGUUAGAAAAGGGGCAAGAAUCCCAGCUAUCAGCUCUUCUAUUCAACGUUGUACAGGAAGUUUUAGCCAGAAUAGAAGGUGGGAAAAGGAUUAGAAGGGAAGAAAUAACUGAUUAUUUGGAGAUGAUAUGACUGGCCACGCAGCAUUACCAUCCCUACCUCCACCGCCCAGAUAAAUUCAUCAUUAGCAUUAUUAAGAUUUUGGUUAAAAAUCAAUUAUAUUUACACACACCAAUAAGAAAUAGGUAGAAAAUAGAGUUUUAAAAAGGUAACAAAAAUAUAAAAUACUUAGGAAUAAAUCUAACAAAAGUCAAGCCCUUAUAGAGAAAAUUAUAAAACUAUUGAAAAGCAUCAAAAGAGACCUAAACAUAUCAUGUUUGUAGAUCAUAGGACCCAAUGUCAUAAAGAUGUCAGUUCUCAAAUUGAUCUGUAGUCAGUGUAAAUACAAUCCAGAUCACAACAGGUUUCUAUGUGUGUAUGUAUAUAUAUAUUUGUGGACUUUUUUUGUGUGUGUGUGUGUGAGGAGAUGAGCCCUGAGCUAACAUCUGCCAAUCAUCCUCUUUUUUUGCUGAGGAAGACUGGCCCUGGGCUAACAUCAGUGCCAAUCUUCCUCCACCUUAUAUGGGACGCCACCUCAGCAUGGCUUGCCAAGCAGUGCGUCGGUGCGCGCCUGGGACCCAAACCUGCAAACCCCAGGCCGAUGCAGCAGAGCACGCGCACUUAACUGCUUGCGCCACCGGGCCAGCCCCUGUGUCUGUGGACUUUUAUGAGCUGAUUCUAAAAUUUAUUUGGAAGAGCAGAGGACCAAGAGUAACCAAGACAUUUCUGAAGAAAAAGAACAAGAUGGAGGAACUCAACUUAGCAUUUAUCAUGUCUUAUUAAUUAGCUACAGUAAUUAAAACAGUGGGAUACUGGCUCAAGGAUAAUCAGUUGACCAAUGGAACAAAUUUGAGAAUCCCAAAACAUAUCCACAGGUAUGGAAAUUUAAUUUAUGACAAUAUCGGCAGGGAAAGGAUGGACUUUUCAAUAAAUAAGUCUAGGACAAUUGGUUAUUCAUAUGGGAAAACAAAUGAAAAUUGACCACUAACUCAUACUAUACACAAAAAUCAAUUCCUGGUAGAUUAAAGAUUUAAAUGUGAAAGCAAAAUUAUAAUACUUUUAGAAGAAUAUGUAGGAAGAUAUCUUUAAGUUUGGGGGUAAGGAAAAUUUUAAUACACAAAAACUAUAAAUGUAAAGGAAAAAAUUUUUAAAUUGAUUACAUUAAUAUUAAGAGUGUUUGUUCAUCACAAGACACCAGGAGUAAAGUGGAAAGACAAGCCACAAACUGGGAGAUGAUAUUUGUGCCUCAUGUAUGAAAAAGUUGUCCUUUGAAUAGUUGGUGGGAGAAGAACUAGAGCUGAGAAGGGUGUGAGUGGGUUUGUGUCUGGGGUUUGUUUUAGAUGAGAGAGAUUUUGAGCAUAUUUGUUGAUGGGAAGAAGGAAAGGUUGGAAAUACUAGAGGAAGAUGAAUUAGUCGAUGGAGUGGGAUCUUUGAAGAAUUGGGAGGAUUUAUGGAAUCCAAAAUACAUGGAGAGCACCUCAGACAUUUAAGCUUUAGCUUAUAAAUACAAUCAUGUGCUGCAUAAUGACAUUUUGAUCAACGAUGGAUCUCAUACGACGGUGGUCCUGUAAGGUUAGCACCGUAUAGACGAGGUGUGUAGUAGGCUGUACCAUCUAGGUUUGUGUAAGUACAUUCUGUGAUGUUCAUACAAUGACAAAAUCGCCUAACGACGCAUUUCUCAGAAUGUAUCCCAUCAUUAAGUGAUGCAUGACUGUAUCUUGGAGUGUUGACUGUCUCUGUAUCAUUCUCCUUGCUCUCCUCACAAAGCAUACGUAGACUUCCACAGCUAAUAUUCGUCCAGUCCUUUUCUGUGCCAGGCAUGCUGAGGAUGCAGUGGCAAGCAAAAUGAGAGCCAGGCUCUGCCUCGUGAGUUUAUAAUUUAUCAGUGGAAACAGAUUUACAACAAAGCGGGCUGGCCCCGUGGCGUAGCAGUUAAGUGCCCGUGCUCCGCUGCUGGCGGCCCAGGUCUGGAUCCGGGCAUGCACCAACACACCACUUGUCAGGCCAUGCUGUGGCAGCAUCCCACAUAAAGUGGAGCAAGAUGGGCAUGGAUGUUAGCUCAGGGCCAGUCUUCCUCAGCAAAAAGAGAAGGAUUGGCAUGGAUGUUAGCUCAGGGCUGAUCUUCCUCACACGCAUACACAAAAUUUUAAACACAGAUUUUGUUGUUUGUAGGACUUUUUGCAUUUUUUAUACUUUAUUUUUAAAAUUUAUUUGCUUGACUAGAUAACAAGAAGGAAAUGGAAAAAACGCAGACUCCUUUCUUAGAAUAGGGAUUAAUACGAGGAAUCUGCUUAACCGUCACUCAAUUGUAGCCGUGUGCUACAACUCCGGUCACUAUUGCUGACCAUUUCCUGGUUGCGCCUUUCUCCCUAGUGAAUCCCAGCAAGCUCUUCUUGGUGUGGAGCGGUGGACUGUGUGUGGUUCCUUUUACCUGAGGAUCAUGCAGAGAGCUUCACGUCUGAAGAGAGAGCUGAACCUGUUAGCCACAGAACCACCCCCAGGCAUCUCGUGCUGGCAAGAUAAGGGCCAAAUGGAUGAUCUGCGAGCUCAAAUAUUAGGUGGGGCCAACACACCUUAUGAAAAAGGUGUUUUCAAGCUGGAAGUUAUCGUUCCUGAGAGGUACCCAUUUGAACCUCCUCAGAUCCGAUUUCUAACUCCAAUCUAUCAUCCAAACAUUGAUUCUGCUGGAAGGAUAUGUCUCGAUAUUCUCAAACUGCCGCCCAAAGGAGCCUGGAGACCGUCCCUCAACAUUGCAACUGUGCUGACUUCCAUUCAGCUGCUCAUGUCAGAGCCCAACCCUGACGACCCACUCAUGGCUGACAUAGCUGGUGAAGAAGAGAUGCCUGAUAAUGCACCAGAGGCGGGUGGCUCAGAAGUUCCCAACACAGCCCAGAAGAGGAAAGCCACGCAGCUGGGAGGCAUAGAGAAGAAAUUCUGUCCUGAUGUCUAGGAUGUCUGUCCUGAUGUUUAGGAUGUCCUGAUGUCUGUCCUGGUCCAUCUUAGUCAAUCUAUUCUUUGCCAAGAUGGGCUAAUUUGCCUACCUUUCUUGAAUGUUUUUCUUUGUAUUUGAUGACAUUAUCAUUUUUGUAUCCUAUAAAACAGACCUAGUAUAUUUAUGUAUUCUGCUCUACAUUGAUUCUCUGAGGAUUGUUUUAUUUGGCUUCUACUACAUAUUUGGAAGCCUUUUAGACCUGAAAAAUAAAUAAUCAUCUAAUUUUGA